AUGGAGCUCUUGGCGGGAGCUGGGGUGGUGCGCGGGACCGCCGGCGGUGGUGCGGAGCAGGUGGCGCGGGACAGGGCGGGGGCGGCGCUCGCUGGCGGCCCAAGACGGCGGGGGCGGGGGCGGUGCUCGGGGGCGGCCCGGGACGGCGGUGGCGGGGGUGGGGGCGGUGCUCGAAGGCAGCUCGGGACGGCGAGGGUGGGGGCCGCGCUCGCCGGCGGCUUGGGACAGCGGCGAUGGCGCUCGGGGCGGCCCUGGACGGUGGUGGCAGGGGCAAUGCUCGACGGCGGGUCGGCGCUCGACGGCGGGUCGGCGCUCGGCGGCGGCCCAGGACAGGGCGGCGGCGGCGCUCACCGGCGGCCCAGGAUGGCGGGGGUGGUGCUCGGGGGCGACCGGGACGCUGGCGGCGCGGUAGGGAGCGGACUGCAGGAGGUGCGUUGGGGAGCGGGCCAUGGAAGGAUGGAGAGCGAUAACUCAUCAAAUAUACAAGAGCUCUUGAAGAGCGAGUACAAUGCCGGGAUGAGAGAGUGA